GGCAGAAAAAAAGCUAUUUUUUCAGGAGUUGUCAAAUUUUAUAUUCAGCUACAGAUUUUUCUAUAAAAAUUGAUAUUCUCAUAUUUUUUCAUAAUGUCUAAAUCGUCUAAAUGGCUUCAAAAGAAAUAUGCUGCUUCAUAUCGGCAGCGACAGCGAGAAAAAAAACUCGCCCUGCGUGCAAAGGAAGCAAAUUUCGUACAGCAAUCAACAAAUUUUACCCCUUUCGAAGAUCCUCUUUUGGAAGUUUCUACAAUUAAAGAAGUGCCAACUGCCGAUGUUUUCACAGUUCGAGAAAUUGAGCAAGUUACUGUUAAAUCUGAAGUAAUUGAUUUCUCUGAAAUCUCAUUUUGUGCACUCUGUUUGCGAGAGUGUGGUUUGGACUUAUUGGUCAAUGUCUCCCUUUUGAAAGAAAUGGAUAUUCAGUCGGUUGUGUUUCAGCAGAAACUACAUCUAAUGUUUGGUCAGGAAUUAAAAUUGGAUACAUUUUCAAUGUGUCUAACAUGCUGGAGAUUGGUUGAAACAUUUGCCGAUUUCAAGCAGUGUUGUCUGGAAGCGCAAUUUCAAAUUUCUCAAUAUACGAGAGGCUUAAAUGUAGACCAGGAAUCGGACCACUGGCAAAAAAGUUCUACGAUUGAAAUGAUUGAUCAAAUGCAGAGUAUGAUACAUAAGCAUGCCAAUCGCUUGGAGUCUGGGCAAUGGAUGACACAUCUUAUUCCAUCUAGUGAUUGUGCGACGGCAGAAUCGAAACCUGACAAAUCCAAAACUAUGAUUAAAUCAACAGUCUCCUACAAUGACUCGAUACCGGAUUCGAAUGAUACGAAAGAAAAUUUUACACAUGGCAGUAUAGUACUGGAUGCGAAGAAAGAUCAACUAGAAGAAUCCAUGGCUGCUAUCAAUACAGUAGAAGUGGAUGUCCACACUUGUGAGAAAUGUACACGGCGGUUCGAUUCGAAGCAUGGACUUGCAGUGCACUUGUUAGGCUGUAGCGGUACCGAAAAAUCGAAAAAGGUUGGAAAAUCAAUGUACAAUUGCCAUAUGUGCCCGGUUACAUUCACCAACCGAGCAUGUCUUAUCGGUCACAUUAAUAAGCAUAAUGGUGUCAAACCAUACAAAUGUCGCAAAAGUUGUGAAGCAUAUUUCUAUGGGACUUCAGGCAGACGUCAGCAUGAAUAUAAAUGCGAUAAAAACCCAUUUAUUUGUCAUCACUGCGGCCAAAUACUUAGCUGCAGAAAAUAUCUGAGGCGUCACAUACAAUCUGUGCAUGGCAACCAUGAAUUUUCUUGUAACAUUUGUGAGCGGACCUUUCCUACCAGUUCACGUCUUGAAAUACACUUGAAAACACACUCGAAGGAACGAAACUUCGCAUGCGAUAUGUGCAACAAAACAUACAAAUCAGCAGUGGCACUCAAAGUUCACAAACGGGUACAUACCCAAGAAAAGCCGUACAAAUGUGUAAUGUGUGGAGAGGCUUUUAUGUACACAAACGCCUUGAAGAAUCAUGUUGAGCGGCUUCAUCGAGGUAAAAUGGAAACAGUAGCCUAA